AUGGCAACCAGCGACAAACACUGUCAAACUUUCAAUGUCAUCAGUGAAACUGAUUAUCGUGUGCAAUCAUUACAAAGUGAGUGCGAGCGUUGCGUGAAUAGUUCAUCUGAGUAUGUGCGAGGGAUGUAUGACGAAACUGUGCCGGUGUUGAACGCUAGAGAGAUCGAAAGCCCAUCUAACUCUGACGAGGAGGAGGUGGUGAGGGCGGCCAUGGCGAAGUUCAACCCUCCCGUGCGGCACACCGCGAGACACGACUUCGAUUCAGAUAGCGAUAGUGGGUCGGAGAGGAAGUUCUUGGGCAACGUAUCUGGUGAAGAAGAGUCUCCUGACAGAAAUAAGUCUUUACCCGAAAAGAUAUUGCACGACAAGUUUGAAAUACAGAAGCAAGCUUCCAAAGAGACCAUUGCAAGAUCGAAACCGACUGCUAAAGAUACUGACUCUUCAAAUUCAGAAUCCGAUAGCGGUGACGUGGAAGGAGACAAUACGGAUAUUUUGUCGGGUAGCGGUCGCAAGCGUGGCGGUGGUGUGGUCAUCCCCGCGGAGGGGGCGUACGACCCCAAGCAGUUCCAAGACCUGAAGGUACCUCCGGACAUGGAGAACAUAUUCCAGUACAUCAUGAAAUACACCCCUCAGAAGAUCGACAUAGAGUUCAAGUUGCAACCGUUCGUGCCGGAGUACAUGCCGGCGGUGGGCGACAUAGACGCGUUCAUCAAGGUGGCCACGCCCGCGUGCAACGUGCGCGGCCAACCGCUGCCGGAACCUGUACUAGAGCACAUCGACAACCUGGGCCUGUUGGUGCUGGACGAGCCCUCGUCGGAGCAGAGCGACAGCGCGCUGCUGCACCUGCAGCUGCGGGCGCUGUCCAAGACUCACGCCGCCAGGUCCACACUACUCACCAAGAAGGUGGAAAAUGCGGAGAAGAAUUCCAAAGCGAUCGAACGAUGGAUAAAGGACGUCAGUGAACUACAUCUAUCUAAACCUCCACCCACGGUCAUGUAUACCAGCAAGAUGCCGGACAUAGACAAUCUUAUGGAGGAGUGGCCAGAGACAAUGGAGGAGACUUUGAACGAGGUCGGUUUCCCGGCGGCGGGCCUGGACUGCUCGCUGUCACAAUACGUGGAGUUAGUCUGUGGAGUGUUCGACGUGCCGAUAGUAGGAGAUGGAUUAGCACCGAGAAUUCAGGCGCUUCAUCUGCUAUUCAGCUUGUAUUCAGCCGUGAAGAACUCUCAACUGUACGCGGAGAGACAGAAAGAGAAAGAGGAUGUGUCGUGA